CACUCAGUCAAAGUUGUGCAUACGUGCGUGCGCGAGAAUCUCACGUCUCCCUGCCGUGUGAGCUGUGUCGUGUGUAAUCGAGAAUAUACGUUGCGCUCGUAAAAAUCGUCAACGAGAGAAGACAUUUUCCUCGCGAUGCCCUGGGCAUGUUUUUCCGACAUUCAGACAGUAUAGUGGCAUGAGUCGAUUAAUCUAUGGCAGAUCAACAAGAUCAGUUGUCAUCAGGGGGGUCUGUAGAGACGGCCAAUGCUUUAGCAAACACCUCUAAGGUUAGAGGGAAGAGCUCUAGCAGUGGUAGCAGUUAUAGAAAACGACAGAGCACUGGUUCUAUUCCAGUCACUGUAGAAGAAAAAAGACGUAGAGAGACUAUUGGUGAUCCACAAUCGUCUGAAGUUUUUAAUAAUUCUUCUUCCUGUAAACAUUCAAGUAAUUCCUUUAAGACAGAAAGUAGAGCAAGAGGUGAACGUAAAAGUCAUGGCAGUGGCUUAGAAUCAUAUCUAGAUACUGAUUGGCAGUCUCAGCAUAAAGUUCAGCAGACAAACUAUAACAUUAGUGGAAACAGUACAAGAGCUCGCAGUAGCGCGAGAGCAAGUUUACCCGAGUUGAACUUACAAGCCAUUGACUGUGUCGCUUCGAGGACUCGUUCCCGUACGCCUCAAAAUCCGCAAGCCAUAUCGCAGGGGCAUAAUAGUCACAAUUUGUCGCUAUCCAGCGGUUACAAUAGCAGGGAAGAUCUGACAUAUAACGAUCUGGUAUCAACAUCAAGUGCUACAUCAGUUACUAGUCAUCCAUCCACGUCAAGGGGAAGAGGGUCGAAAUCCCACGGUGGUGCAACCUGCGCGAGUAGCAGUGCGAGUAGUCAAGUUUUAAGUGUGAAGUCCAGCAUCAGAGUGGGUAACGCAGCCAGUAAUUCUGUGGAGAGUGGUGGGGGGGCGUUGGCACAUGACGGGGCAGGCACUAGUGGCAUCACCACAGCCACUGCCAAUCCACCUGUGUCUGCCGCCGCCACUGCCAACCCUACACACCCUCAUCCUACGCAAAAGCAUAUAUUACGUUCUCGCACAAAAUUAUCCAGUGAAUCUAAAGAACUGUCAAGUAAUAACAAAACCUCGGGAAAGCAUAAGAAAGACACGACGACAGGCACUUGUUCAAGGCAUCGUUCCUCGUCACGUGCGAGAAAAGCAGUGAUAGAAGGAGGUUCCGGUGGAAGUGUAAUGUCAGGUACUGAAUCCGUGACUAACAGUGCCACUCCGACAACUGUAUCGUCUACAGUUUCUGGUAAUCAGUUAGUGUCCACGACAGGCGAAGACGAAUCAGCGUCUACAGCCACGUCUGCCACUGCUAGUGGAGGACCAUCCGGAAUGUCGGGCACUACUGGAGAUAGCGAAAGCGACGACGGUGAGGUAGGAAGGCUGCAAGCGCUGCUUGAAGCUAGAGGCUUACCUCCUCACGUCUUCGGCGCAUUAGCACCGCGAAUGCAACAUUUAUUAAACAGAAGCAUGGGUGCAAGUUCUGCUGCUAAAGCACAGCAAUAUCUGGCUGGUCUCCAAGCUGUCGACGACGAAGGGGAACAGUUACAAGCUGUUAUUGGAAUGGGCGAGAUCCUCGUUAUGGGAAAUGAAGACACACUAGCCGGAUUCCCUGUGAAGCAAGUGGUCGCAGCGUUAAUCAACUUACUCGGGAUAGAACACAAUUUUGUGAUAAUGACACACGCGUGUCGCGCUCUUACUUACAUGAUGGAAGCUUUACCUCGAUCGUCGACAGUUGUCGUCGACGCUGUCCCAGUAUUCUUGCAGAAACUUGAAUCGAUCGAGUGUAUGGAUGUGGCAGAACAAUGUUUAACGGCGUUAGCCAUGCUGUCCAGAAGACACAGCAAAACUAUUUUACACGCAGGAGGAGUAUCUGCUUGCUUGAAGUUCGUCGACUUUUUCAAUAUCACGGCACAACGAGCUGCUUUAACGAUCACGGCGAACUGUUGUCAAAAUCUUCAUCCCGAUGAUUUUCAUUUAGUGGUCGACAGUUUACCUUUACUGACGAGCAGGCUGACCAAUCAAGAUAAGAAAAGUGUCGAGUGUGUUUGCCAAGCGUUCAGUCGCUUGGUGGACAGUUUUCAACACGAUCCAGUAACUCUGCAUAAAAUUAUCAAUGCGGAACUUCUCCAGAACUUACAGCAACUGCUUAUGAUCACUCCGCCUGUUAACAGCAUUGGUAACUUCAUAACAGUGUUGCGAAUGCUAUCUGUGAUAUCAAAUCGCUGUCCCGACUUGGCACAAUUGCUUUUGCAACAAAACAUAGCGUUCACGCUGAGUUAUCUUUUAACUGGCUCGCUAGAAGUGAAAACUGAAGACGUAGAAUUAGUGCCGCGGUCGCCGCAGGAAUGGUUCGAAAUCACUUGUUUGAUCGAAGAGCUAAUGCCACCGUUGCCGACAGACGGCAUAUUUAGUGUAAAUAGUUUACUCGAAAGGACCAGUAGUCAACAGGAGAAUGUUCAUUGGGAGUGGCGCGAUGAAAGGCAUUGUUGCCAUCCAUUUAGUACUAUUGAUUCUAGAAUUAUCGAGAUGGCAUUUCAGAAUGGUGAGGACGAGAUUUGUCUCUCCUCCUUAGGACGAACUUACACGAUAGAUUUGACUGUGAUGAAACAAAUUAACGAAGAUAUCGGAGUGGCAAGAAGCAUAUUUCGGAGAGUGAAUACGCAUCCUGCAGAAGGGAAAAGUCCUACAUGUUCAUCCAACAUGGACGUUGUACCACCGGUGAUUGAAACAAACGAAUGGUUGGUGUCAUUUAUUCGGACUCUUUUCUCCGUGUUGUACGAAGUCUACAGUAGUUCAGCCGGUCCUGCUGUCAAAUGUAAAUGUCUUCGAGCUCUCCUACGUAUGGUCUACUACGCGUCUACUGAUUUACUUAAGGAUGUCUUGAAGAACCAAGUAGUUUCAUCGCACAUAGCGGGCAUGUUGGCAUCCCAGGAUUUACGAAUUGUUAUCGGAGCUCUACAGAUGGCAAGUAUAUUGAUGAAGAGACUACCACAAGUUUUUGGGGUACACUUUCAUCGCGAAGGUGUCUUGCAUCAAAUACGUCAACUAGCUGAUCCCGAAGUACCUCUUGGUGUUUCACCACCCAAGUGCCCUUCUGGUACGUCAUUACCAAGCCCACAACCAGGACCAUCGAGUACAUCGCUUUCUUCCGCCACGAUGUUUUCAUCUAGUAACGCCACGUCUCCGAUCGCCUCUCCGUCAACGAAUGGUAAUAUAUUAUUCGGGACAAUUGCAACAUGCCAAUUGAAACCGAAUCUCUCAGCAUCAAUGGAAACGCAUACUAGAAAUGAAUUAAACUCUACCGUAGAUGAUGUAACUACACCACAAAGUGCUCAUUUGAGAAUCGGAGAUGUCUUAAAGAGGAAAAGGCAGAACAAGAAGGGACGAUUUUCUAGACUAGGGGGUACUACACCACAACAAACUCAACAGCCCGAAUCACUUUUCACCGGUUUCGCCCCUAAAAAUAAUCGUUUCCUAGGCAAUCUUAAUCCAGCUAGGUGGGGACGGAAAUCAUCGUCCUCGGGUUCUACUAGCGAUAAGAGGGACACGAGUUCGUCGACGAAUUUAUCCAAGCCACCAAGUAAUUCCAGUCUGACAGGAGGUAACCGGGACAAGGCUAAGGCGUGGGUACGCGAACAGGCAGCUCAAUUCUUGGCUAGAUAUCAGGACGAUGCUCCAUGCACGCAUCCUGCUAUGACAGUUCUUUCGAGACUCACCGCAGCCAUACAACGGUUACAAUCAAACGAAUUGGAUGAGAUGUUAUCAGCGCUUACCGAAUUGCGAGAUAUAGUACUUGAAAACGAUAUAUCUCCGUUCGAAAUGAAUUAUAGCGGUCUUAUUAAGGCUCUGCUCAACUACCUCACUACUACCGAUGCUCCUGGCAAUCGUUACGAUCGACUUCGCAUGUUCUGGAAAUUGUUUGCAGAAUCAGCUAUGCAGCAGAGCAACAAUAUUACAGAUCUUAAUCCUGGAGCGUUUGGUGCUCUAGUAGCGAAAUUAAAUAGUUGCGUUGCACAAUUAGAACAGUUUCCUGUGAAAGUACAUGAUUUACCAGCAGGAUCUGGAGCUGGUCGUGGGGGUACUAGUGCUCUUAAGUUCUUCAAUACACAUCAGUUAAAGUGUAAUCUCCAACGACACCCAGACUGUAAUAAUUUAAAGCAAUGGAAAGGGGGUACCGUCAAAAUAGAUCCUCUUGCGUUAGUACAAGCAAUUGAACGUUAUUUAAUGGUUCGUGGGUAUGGUAGAAUACGAGAGGCUGAGUCUAUGGUUAGUGACGAUGAUAACAGUGAGGACGAUAUAGACGAUACAUUGGCAGCAGUAGUUAUAAGUCAAGGAUCAGCGAAACAUAAACUCCAAUUCUUGAUUGGAGACGAAGUGCUGCCUUUUAAUAUGACUGUUUAUCAAGCAGUUAGACAGUUCGGUUGUUCUGGAAUGGAUCAUUCUGAAGCGGAAGCUGAUGGUGAACCACCUCUUGGUCACGAUGCUGUAUGGGUACAAACUCAUACAAUUUAUUAUAGGCCUGUGCCAGAAGAAGAGACUACGACAUCGCCAAAACCGGGAUCGAGUUCGCAGGGUAGCAGCCGGAAAGGCAAAGGAAAAAGUACAAAGAUCAGUUCGAAACGAAAAGAGGAUAGUUUAUGGCUCGAAGGGCUAGUUCCUCCUCAACGAUGUCCACUUGAUCCUUAUCUGUCACCCACGUUACCACCUUCGGUCACAAUUACUGACGCUUCACUGGACGGUUUAUGCCUGCUACGUCUUCUACACGCACUAAAUCGUCAUUGGGGUGUACUGUUCCCCCAUUUGAAGAACUUGAGUUUACUCUAUCCGCAAGACUUUAUUAACAAUAAGAUCGCUGCGAAAGCAAGUCGGCAGCUGCAAGAUCCUUUGGUGAUCAUGACUGGAAACUUACCUUUGUGGCUGCAACAAAUUGCUACAGUCUGCCCGUUCCUGUUCCCAUUUGAAACGAGACAAUUAUUGCUGUACGCAACCUCGUUCGAUAGAGAUAGAGCGUUGCAACGUCUCUUAGAUUCCGCGCCAGAAUUAUCAGGAUCGGAUAGUCAAGAACGCGUCACUCCACGGUUAGAACGUAGGAAAAGGACUAUCUCCAGAACUGAUAUACUGAAACAAGCGGAACAAGUCAUACAAGACUUGGCAUCAAGUAAAGCCUUGCUUGAAGUGCAAUAUGUUAAUGAGGUUGGUACCGGCCUUGGUCCAACUUUGGAAUUUUAUGCUCUAGUCUCCAAGGAAUUACAACGUUCCGAUCUUGAUCUUUGGCAUGGUAGCUCGACUUCUACUGAAAUGGGAUAUGUUAAUUCGUCGCAAGGACUUUUCUCGAUGCCAAUCCCAUGGAAUACUAAAGUAUCGCACCUUGCUAAGCUUAAGACAAAGUUUAAGUUCCUUGGAAAGUUUAUGGCAAAAGCGAUAUAUGAUUCAAGAAUGUUGGACUUACCGUUCAGUUUGACUUUCUAUCGUUGGUUGUUGGGAGAGGAACAUACGUUAACAUUAGCAGACUUAGCACACGUAUGUCCGGAUGUACAUCGAACUCUUAGUAGAUUACAGGAAAUCGUUAGACAGAAAGAGACAAUUGAGAAGGAUCAGACAUUGAGGGCACACGAGAAAGCACAAUUAAUAGAUUCGCUAAAUUUAGACGGUUGUCCAAUUACGGAUCUUGGCCUUGUUUUUGAAUUGCCGGGUUACGAGAACAUCGAAUUAAGGAAAAAUGGAAGCGAGAUACCUGUUACCAUUUACAAUCUAGAUCAAUACGUGAAGUUGGUGGUACAUUGGUUUUUGUACGAAGGUAUCUUCAGACAAAUGGAAGCAUUUAGGGAAGGUUUCGAGUCCGUGUUUCCACCGUCGCAACUGCGUCUAUUCUUCCCUGAAGAACUUGAAGCUGUGUUCUGUGGACAUGCACAAACUGGUGGACAGUGGGAUGUUAAAACUCUUUCGGAGUGCUGUAGGACUGAUCACGGUUAUACUCCAGAUUCUCGUGCUAUCCGUUUUCUGUUUGAAGUUAUGUCGAAAUACAACAGUGAAGAGCAAAGGCAGUUCGUCCAGUUCGUCACAGGCUCACCGCGAUUACCGGUUGGAGGAUUCAAGAGUUUAACGCCACCAUUGACGAUAGUGCGUAAAACGUUUGAUCCGUCUAUGAAAACAGACGAUUUCUUACCAUCCGUAAUGACUUGUGUUAAUUAUUUAAAACUGCCUGAUUACACAACGUUAGAAAUAAUGCGGGAGAAGUUGCGAAUAGCCGCACAAGAAGGACAACAUUCGUUCCACCUAUCCUAGAAACGGAUGGAAAACCGGCGCGCCACUUGGUCUUUCGCUAACGCAUUGUUCAGGUUGAGAGAAAUUCUUCAAAGGCCAUUUAAGAUAUUAAACGAAAUAGCUACGUUACGUUCGAAAGUCGAUAAUCGUAAAUUUGCACUUUAUACGAGCUUUUAUCGAAAAUACUUUUCUCUUGAUUUUAGUGAUAAUUCAUUUAAAUAAAUAUUAAUUUGGUGUUCAUCUGUUUACUUUCAAAUUUGAAUUGUGAUAUAUUUUCUCAAAAAACAAAACUAAAAAAAAAAUGGAUCGAAGGAAGUGCAAAGAUGAUAUUAGCUCUACUGUAUGAGUUUCCUCUUGUGGUAUUACAAACCAGGUAGCGCGGAUGCUGCCUUGUUCUAGGAAACUUAUCUUUGAUGUGUUACAAUAAUUAAUAAAAGUUGUAAAUAUAGUUUAAUAUGCGCAAGUCUAUAUAAAUACUUUAUAUAAUAGUAACACGAGGAAAGAAAAUGAUAUUGCUACGAAACUCUAUACUAAUUAAAUAUAAUUUAGUCUGAGGGGACGUCUAUUAGAUAUAAGUAAAUUUUAUAUCAGUGGUGCAUUUAGCAUCGCCAUGAAUCGCCAAUCUCAUGCCUCACAAUUUUCAAUUUAAUUAACUGUGAAUUAAGAAUCAGGAAAUGAUGAAAGACGAAGCAGAGAUAUGUGCUGACGAAACGGCUCAUAUUUCCAUCUACUUACAUGCAAGACAGACAAACAAUAACUCCGAAUAUAAUAGCGUGUUCUUUUGCGAUCAUCGUUUUUAAUUUCAUAACCGAUCUCUUGUGUUCGCUACUUAGUUUCCAGUGCCCGAGCACUGCGCGAAUUAACCGUGCAACACCUCCUAUACAAUUAAGUUCAUUCUAUGUAUCACCAAUUAAACUUAUUUGAUAUUUUCAUUUUAUAGGUAAGAUAGUCCAAUUACUUUACUUAGCUGUGUAUGAAAUGCAGCCAGCAUCGCCAGAGUCAUCAUUAAUGAUAUAACGAAUUGAAGAAAAUUCUUAUAUCAUCCACUUAUUUACAGGCGAAAUAUCUAUUUAUGAAAAAAAAUGUACGACUGUAUAAUACGAAAAUAGAAUGGAUAUAAAAAAAAAUCAGCGAAGCUGGUGUGUCAAAUGGAUUAUACAAGGUACAUUACUUUCUUAUAUCUCUGUAGAAAUACGAUUCUAUAUGAAAACUGUGAAAAAUACGAAUUGAUCAAAAGUAGGGAGGAGGGAUAAUACGCGACUGUUUGUUUUACAUUUAUAUUGUGUACCAUUGCUUGAAAUGAUCAAUAUAUAUCUACAUCAUUUACACAAGACCAAA